UGAUCUCUUCGUCCUGUGUUUUGCGAAAAGGCAACAGGUGACUGUAAAACAUGAAAUCGAAAGAACACAAAGACCACCGAGCAGUGAUAAAUGAAGGGCAAGAAAAUGAAAUGGAAAUUUUCGGCUACAGGCUGAGUGUUCCUUGGAUUAUUUUGUGUGUCAUUGGAUACUGUAUAUCAGGUGGGAUUCUUCUGCUUCUCUUCUAUUGGAAGCCUGAGUGGAGUGUCUGGGCAAACUGUGUCCCCUCAUCUUUGGAGAAAGCCAAUGUGGUUUUACUGAGAUCAAAUGAUGAAAGAAGGAAAUACACUAGGAAGAAAGUUCGCUGGUUAACUCUGGCUGCAUUUGCAGAUUUCUUCCAGAGUGGAUUACAGUGUUCUGCCAUCACAGACAAAAAUUCCAUUUUAAAUAAAGCUAUAAGAAGGCCUGAUCUUAAAGUUAAGUUCAUUAGAGUGCAGAAAAUUCGAUAUGUGUGGAACUUUAGUCAAAAGAAGUUUGAAAAUAUUGGCACUUUGGAAGAUGAGCAUUCUUGCUUUAGCAUACAUUCUAAUUAUGGAUCUGGCUUAAUGGAAAAGGAGCAAGCAAUCAGGAGAUUAGUUUGUGGACAUAACACCAUUGAAGUUGAAGUUGCACCACUUUGGAAACUUUUGAUUUUUAAGGUUUUGAAUUUCUUAUAUAUCUACCAGUUUGCUGCUAUAACUCUUAUGCUGGUAGAAGGAUAUCUGGGUUACGCCCUGGCCAUUCUGGUGCUUUGUAUAUGUAACAUAACAUUAUCAAUGGUUGAAUAUUAUCAGCAAUCCUCAAAGCUCCACAAUUUGGUCAAAGCGCAUAAUAACAUGAAAGUGACUGUCUGUAAAAGAAAUGAAGAUUACAGUCAGUUUGAAUCUCGCUACUUAGUUCCAGGAGAUAUUAUUGUUUUGACUGGCAAAGACUUUUUUAUGUCUUGUGAUGCCAUAAUAAUCAAUGGGACAUGUGUUGUGAAUGAAGGAAUGUUAACAGGAGAAUCAAUCCCUGUGACAAAAACGCAGCUGCCACACCUCGAUGACACAAUGCCAUGGAAACAGUACAGUGGAGAAGAUUAUAAGCGCCAUGUCUUGUUCUGUGGUACUGAAGUGAUAAGAACUGAAUCCACUGCACAAGGUCCAGCCAGAGCUGUAGUCCUAAGGACUGGUUUUAAUACCACCAAAGGUGACAUGGUGAGAUCUAUAUUGUACCCUAAACCUUUAAAUUUCAAGUGGCAUAGAGAUGUACGGUGGUUUUUCAUAUUUUUGACAUGCCUCGCCAUCAUUGGUCUUAUCUACGCAGUCACCAUAUAUGUGGAAAGAAAGGUUCCUGCUGGAAGAAUUAUCGUUGAGGCUGCGGUUCUCAUAGUCUGUGCGGUCUCCCCAGUUAUACCCGCUGCUCUCAUGGUUGGGAUCCUUUAUGCAAAACGAAGAUUGAGAAAGGAGCAUAUAUCUUGUAUCAGUCCAGACAGAAUCAACCUGUGUGGUCAACUUAAUCUCUUUUGCUUUGAUAAGACUGGAACUUUAACAGAAGAUGGGCUUGAUUUAAUGGGUGUGAUACCAGCAGAAGGAUCAAGCUUUCAGUCAAUAAUUACUCAAAAACACAUAUCCGCGCUAUCAUGGGGACCAUUAUUUGCUGCAAUGACAUGCUGUCAUUCUCUUAUUAUGCUUGAUGGAAAAAUACAAGGUGAUCCGUUAGAUCUGAAAAUGUUUGAAGCCACUGGCUGGGUAAUAGAUGAAACCUGCUCAGAUGUUCAUGAUGGACAGUCUUCUGGAAAUAUUAUUGUCCGACCUGGGCCCAACUCAACAAUUAUGGAUAAUGUGAAGGGGCUGAAAGUUUUAUUCCAGUACCCCUUUUCUUCGGUCAUGCAACGUAUGUCUGUUAUCACUGAUGUUAUUGAAAAGGAUGAGCUGAUAAUGUACAUGAAGGGAGCGCCUGAGAUGAUCGCAAGUUUUUGUAAACCAGAAUCAGUUCCCAGCGGAUUUUUGAAAGAACUAGAGAGAUACACAUUUCAAGGCUUACGAGUAAUUGGUGUGGCCUACAAAAAGCUGAUGAAUAUCAGUUGUGAAGACUUACAAAACAUUGAAAGGGAAGAAGUUGAAAAAGAUAUGACAUUCCUUGGUUUGCUGAUAUUAGAAAAUCGGCUUAAACCAGAAACUUCAAUGGUCCUUGAGGAGCUGCAUGCAGCAAACAUCAGAACAGUUAUGAUUACAGGUGAUAACAUACAGACAGCAACCACAGUUGCAAAAAACUGUGGGAUGAUUCCAGAGGAAAGUAAAGUGGUUCUAGUAGAAGCCAAUGCACCUGAGGGCUCUUCUCCAGCUUCUCUCACUUGGAAACUUCUAGAAUAUCCAGAGGAUGAAAAUAAAGUUAAAGAUUGCCACAACAAGGUUGGAGAUGAGAUGAACAACAAAUAUCAGAAAACUUAUUAUCAUUUUUCAAUAAGUGGAAAGACAUAUGAAAACCUGGAGAAAUAUUUCUAUGACUUAUUGCCAAAGAUAUUAAUGAAUGGUACGGUUUUUGCACGAAUGUCACCAGGACAGAAAUCAACAGUUAUUGAUGAAUUUCGAAAGCUUGACUAUUAUGUGGGGAUGUGUGGAGACGGAGCCAAUGACUGUGCAGCUUUAAAAAUGGCGAAUGCUGGGAUUUCUUUGUGUGAACAAGAAGCUUCUGUAGCUGCCACAUUUAACUCACAGAUCCCAAACAUUUCCUGUGUACCGGAUUUGUUGAAGGAAGGACGGGCAGCCAUUGUCACAUCAUUCUGCAUGUUUAAAUACAUGGCUAUGUUUGGACUAACGGAAUAUGUUAACACGUUGCUGUUAUACUGGCAACGAAACAUUUUUGGAAAUAAUCAGUGGCUCAUACAUGACUUUGCUAUUGUGUUUGUCAUCUUUUUUACAAUGAGUUCUACCCCUGCCUAUCCGAAACUUGCUCCAUACAGACCACCAGGACAGAUGAUUUCUCCCCCUAUGUUGUUUUCUGUGUUCUUCAAUGUGCUGUUUACAAUAGCCAUGCAUACCUAUGCAUUUCUUAUGGUACAGCAUCAGCCAUGGUACAAUAAAAAUGACAUUUACAGUGCCUGUUAUCCAGGAAAUGAAAGCUUAAACUGGAAUCUUACCUAUGUGUUAAUUCAUGAAGGAACUAAAAUAAACUAUGAAAGCUUUGAAAAUACAACAUUAUGGCUCAUAACAUGCGUGCAUCUGGUGAUCUUUGCUUUCAUCUUCUCCAAAGGAAAACCUUUCCGAAAACCAUUGUAUACCAACUAUUUGUUUGUGAUUGUACUGAUAAUAGAAACCGCCUUCACCAUCUUCUUCAUAUUUGCUGACUUUCCAAGAAUCUAUCUUGAUUUAGAACUUGUCUGCACUCCCAUGAGCUGGAGAAUACACAUGCUUAUUUUACUAGUUGUGUGUCUAGUUGUGUCAUUCCUUGUGGAGGAAUUCAUUCUGGAUAACAGGGCUCUCUGGUUGGCUGUGAAAAGAUGCCUGAACAUUAAACCCAGUAGUAAGUACAAAAAGCUUCACACCAUAUUGGAAGAGGACACGGAUUGGCCACCUAUUGGAACUACAACUUAUAGGAGUGGCAUGAUGGCCAAUGAAGAUGCCAAAAUCUACAUUAACCAAGGUUAUGAGCAUGAAAAUGUUUUGAAUGCUGAACAGUACUAAGGCCAUGGGCAGUAUAAGUUAUAAAAGAAAACAUGUGUCUUAUAUUUCAAGCACAAGGAGUUGAAAAGUAGUAAAAUAUUUUUUUUUAAACCUUUGUGUUCUGUAUAAUAUAGCGACACAUUAAGUGGAUUUGUAGGAGCAGAUUUUUAAAUUUAUUAAACCACUGUUGAAGCCAAAAGAAUGGUGAGUUGAAUAAAAUAGUAUUUCACAUUUAUUAUAAACCGGUAGAUAACAUUUAGAUUUGUAAUGUUAUUAUUUUUUGUUUGGUUGUAUUCAAAUGAAGCAUUGCAUAUUGUACUGAUUUCUGAACUGGAAAAAUAAAUGUGAA